AUGAAAUCGAAAGCGCCGGGUCUGCUAGUUCCACGAAUCGGAGAAAGCUUUGAUUUGGCAAUUGAGAAAGUAGCUCCGGUUUCGCGGUCGAGAGGGAGACAAGGCGGAGUGGAGACUUCACAUAACAGACCAUCGGCGAAGGAAUCACCGGUAAAUGCACAGUCAGUGGUCAGUGCUGGAAAUGGGCGAAAGAAGGGAGCAUCUCUUUUGUUUUGUCUUGUCCUUUCACGUUCUCUAAGGUUUAGAUGA